GACAGAUUCCGUCAGGCAGUUCGUUUCAAAAUGUUAACCAUGAAAGACUUCUUUCUGCGGCCCACAUUUGAGUCGGUCGAAGAAGCUCAGCAGUGGGAUAAGCUCCAGAAAACGAUUGACCAUACUAAGCAGUUCAAUGAUGAUUUCGAUCAAAUAGUUUUGCACAAGGAUCUAUUUGGAACAUUCUUCUACUACUACUUGCAGGAAAUUCGUUUACGAAUUAUUCAAAUUUUGUCCGAGUUCACCGUCGUCGAAUGGCGAGAACCUAAACCAGAGCAUGAUCCGGAUCCAUUUGGUAGGUUUGGUGCGCAGCCUGUUAAAAAAGUACCUAAAGAGGAAAAGGAGCUCGUGAUUCCAGAGUAUGGUAUAAGAGUGAAGAAUUACAAAGAAAAACUACCGUUGGAAUGUUGCGGCCAGCAGUUCAGGACUUUAGAAAUUCUUCGGAGACAUUACUAUGCCAGUCACGAAAAGCACUAUCUCUUCGAGGCUAACACGUGUGAGAUGAAGGCUGCAAUUCUAAAAAUGUGUGUUUACCGACAUGAACUUGACGAGUUUGUUCGAAGUGGUAUCGAGGCAAACGCUACAUUGAGCUUCUACUUACUGAAAAUAUUGAGGAAAAUUAUCCCUGUUAUACGAUAUUAAGUUUUUUUUUAUUAUAGCAGCAGUUUUUAUUGAUAACAAUCGAAGAAGUUUCAAAUACAAUAAAUAAUAUAACAUUUUAUGACAUAAAAA